UGCCAACCCGAGGGCACACACUCAAAAUUCUAAAAAAGCACAAACUCCAUUGAUUGUUUUUAGCCAACUUCCAACUCCAAUCGCAAAUUAACCGCACUUAGUGAAGACAUCCAGCCAUGGAUGGUGGAGGUGACAACCAGCUGGCAAUGCAAUCGCUUCGCAGUCGCCGUCGUUCACGUGCAUUCUUUCCCUACUAUGCCGGUGCAGCCAGGGAAACCCACGAAGGACCUGUUCCUGCUCAAGGAGAUGAAGUGGCCCUGCAAAUGGCGAUACAUGCCCUGAUCCUGGCCGAGCUUGCCGAGGACUCUGGUUUCGAGUCCGGGGAUGAGAGUGGAUAGUUUUUUUGGUUCACUCUCUCGAACCAAGGUUCACUCAUCUCGAACUUCACAGAGAACGUAAAUUCUAUCAACGGUAGAAGAUUAUUUCUAACGAAGCCUAUGAUUAAACACACCUCAACGAA